AUGGCUCCAGAUAACGGCAAUAAGAGCAAACACCCUUCGGUCGACAAAUCACAGCUCAGGUAUGGCAAUACUACCCCAGACCAGAUCGACAGGGAAAGGGAAGAGUGUUUGAUUCGAAAAUUGGACUUCCGCGUGAUUCCCCUGGUUAUGGUUAUAUACCUCUUCAGUUUCUUAGAUCGCAUCAACAUCGGAAAUGCCCGACUCUAUGGCUUGGAAAAGGAUCUGAAGAUGACUACCAACAACCAUCAGUAUCAAAUCGUUGUCUCAAUUCUCUUCGUCACUUACUGUCUCUUCGAAGUCCCCUCCAAUCUUCUCCUAAAGAAGUUCAGCCCCUCUCGCUAUAUCGCCAUUAUCGCCAUAAUCUGGGGCCUCAUCGCUACGCUCAGCGGCCUGACCCAAAGUUAUCAUGAGCUACUGGCAUGCCGUGUCCUCCUCGGUCUCUUCGAAUCUGGCCUCUUCCCCGGCCUCAUCACAUAUUUGACUCUCUUCUACAACAAGCGAGCCAUCGCUCUUCGAGUCGGGUACCUGUUCGUCGCUGCCGCCAUCGCCGGUGCCGUUGGAGGUCUCAUUGCGUAUGGAAUCGGGUUCAUGGAUGGUGUUGGUGGGUAUAGAGCCUGGAGAUGGAUCUUCAUCAUUGAAGGUAUCCCAUCGAUUGUGGUGGGUAUCAUGUUCUGGAUCUUCAUGCCGAAUGACCUCGAUACUUCUCACUUCAUGUCACUAGAAGAUAGAGCUUUCUUGGUGAUGCGCCGUGAGCGUGAAGUUGGUCAGACGGCCUCCGCGCAGAAGUUUCAUUGGGAUGAUGUGAAAGAGGGUGCAAGCGACUGGAAAAUUUGGUCUUUCUGCAUCGCUCAAUUCGGGGCUGACACCAUGCUGUACGGCUUCAGCAUCUUUUUACCAACUAUAAUUCACGGCAUCGGUGCCUGGACAGUACCCCAAGCCCAAGCCCUGACUAUCCCGGUCUACACCAUCGGCGCCGUCACAUACCUGGUCGUAGCCUGGAUCUCUGACAAGUCACAACAACGCGCUCUCUACACCUGCCUCUUCUGUGCCGUCUCCAUAAUCGGCUAUGGACUCUUGAUCUCAAACAGUGGGUCCAAGGCGCAUUACACCGGAUGCUUCCUCGUAGCCAUGGGCCUGUACGUCGCGGUCGGUAUCCCGCUUGCCUGGAUGCCGACAAACCUGCCACGGUACGGAAAACGCACAUUCGCUACUGGCCUUCAGGUUGCGAUAGGGAACGCCUCCGGUAUCAUGGCUCCGUUCUUGUACCCAGCAACUGAUGGACCUAGAUAUGUGAAGGGACAUGGUGUUACACUGGCGCUGGUGGGCUUCGCAGCGGUGGUAUACGCGUCUAUGAGCUGGUGGUUGAGAAGGGAAAAUCGGGCACGUAUGGCGUUUGAGAGGGAUGGCUUGAUGGAAGGGAAGACGGACGAUGAGAUUAAUGAGAUUGGGGAUCGGAAUCCGAGGUUCUUGUAUACUUGUUAG